AGAAUCCCCAACGCACCUGCGAUAUUUUUAUUUAAAAAAAAGAAUCUCUUUUAGCGCAGUUAUCGGGAAUUUUAUUUCAUGAAAUUAAUGUCAUCAUAUUUCUUUCAUCGUCCCCUUGAAAAUCAUUUUGAAAAUUAAUAUUUUAGGGCUAGGGUUGGGGGAAGACGGUUGAAAAUUUGAUAGAACGUAUUGCCAUUGCCAACGAAUCUAUGUGCAAAGUUUCAUGUCAUUUGGUUUACCGGUUAAAUAUAACAUCUUACUGAACGAGUCAAACACGUUUGAGCUAAGGGCGGGACAACAAAUGCCGUCGUUUCUGAUUGGUCGAGUCCGGAAAGCGUGUGCGCCUUGAAAUAAAGGUUGUCAUUUUGAUUCAACCCUAUCCGUGCUUUCAGUACCAGCGAGAGAAAAUAUCAGCGCAAAAGGUGAGGCGUCUCAAAUAUUACCGAAGAAAUUUAAGUUAAGCCUUUAUUUCUAUUUGUUGUUAAAAACAUAACUAUAUAUAUAUAUAUACAUACAAAACAUAAAUAUACAUAUAUAUAUAUCUAUACAUAUACAUUUAAAUAUAUAUGAUAUAACUAAUUACUUGCCAGAGUUGUUUCUUCCAUUACCUUUGAAAGACCUGUCUUGUCCUACUAUUUUCUAAGGUUUCUUGGCGCUUUUCAAACAUCUGAUUUUACUUAAUGUGGAAUACAUUGAUUUCUUUUAUUGAUUUUCCCCGAUAAACUCACUUUAUUGGAUUAACUUUUCCUAUAUUUCAGGUUGUUCAAGAUGGCAAAAUUAAGUCUAGGUAAUUUUUAAAAUAUUUCUUUAUAAAUUAAGGUAAAAAACAAAAAAAACUUUCUAAUUCAUUUCAAUAAAUCCCACUGUGCUGGAUACCAUGCUACAUUUAAUAAUUUAAGCUCAUGAGAUUUCAUUUAUCUUAUCUGGUUAGUCCUUAAAUGUAAUUUAGGAACACAAACUAGGAAGACUGGCGUUAGAAACGUCUGCCAAAGCACGGAAAACUUAAUGGGAGACUUUGUGAAAAGCAUUGUCUAUGGGGGAAAAGCAUGAAAAGAGGGGGAAAAAGCUUACUGCAACAUUGUCGCAUCAUUCAGUUCAACAAAUGAUUGUUUCCAAACCUUUAACAACCCUAUAAUUUAUAGAAGACACAAGGAGAUAAAAAAAAUGACUUCUGUCCCCAAAUUAAUAUAAUCUCCUGAUUGAAGCUAGUAUAUUAUUCAGCCCUAUGAUUUUUAUUCACGUAUUUUUUACGCUCACCACUAUACCUCAACGACAAAGAUACGUCUAUUUAAAAAAAAAAAACUGCUCGUCUGCAGCUGCCAUACGAACUAAAUAAAGGUCUUAGAACAGUGUUGCUGGUAUACUUAAACUUAAAUGGUAAACCCCAUAUAUGGCCCCAUAAAUUUUUUCUGCUUUUGUUUUAUAUUUCAGUUGUUUUGUUCCUAGUUGUGUGCCUAUGUCAGAUAACACCUGGUUUUGGGGGUAAGUGCUACUAGUUUCAGUAAAUGAAGUUAGAGAUAAAAAGGCUUACGCAUCAGUUAUCUAUAAAGCUAUAUGCACGUGAAGAUAUAAUAGUUCUUAAAAGGGCAUUGGAAGAAGCGAAUGGUUGUGAGAGUAUUUAAAAUUGUAUAAUUUUGAAAACAAAAACACAAAAAAAUUUGCGUUGGUUGUGUUGUAAUAUUUCAGGGCAACGAAAAGGGCAUUUUUAUUUUUAAAGGAUUUAUAUGAUAUUAGGUGUAUAGUACAUAAUUUAAAAUUUGUAAAGUAUGUGAUUGGUUAUGUAAUAAUUUGACAUUUCUUUUUAAUAUCCUUGUGUUUUUUAACAAUUGAAAAUAAAAUAACAGAUAGUCUUUGCAAGUCCAUUUUUUUUUUACAUAUUAGUUUAUUAGAAUCACUGCUUGAUAGACGCUAUAGUCACAGGAACAAAAUCAUAACAAUAAACGGUUCCUUGUGUAUUUGAUGUUUCUUAAAAUAUAGAUACAUGGAAUUGUUUGAAAUUUGUAACGUUAAUCUAAAUAAUAAGUUCUGGUUGUUUACAUCAUCUUCUAAUUAUCGCAGUGUCGUCAGAACAACACAUCAAGGAUAUAGUUAAAAUUGUCAAAGAAAAGUGCAGUUCAUGCAACGAUAGGGCCGAGACGGUACUAUCCAGGACAUUGAAAGAUGACAUCUGCGAGUAAGUUAUAGAUUUUAUCAUUUAAAUUUGAGCUUUCUUACAUUUUAAAAAUUAAGAAAUACAUUUCAAAAAAAGACCCAGAAUAGAUGGAGAUGAUAUCGGUAAAGUCAGACCAUGGGUAGACUCAGAGCGCAAGGAAAGACUGUGCGGAAGUGUAGAUGAGACCGGUAUGUAUCAUAAGGGUUCAAAUUGUAUUUAGACGAAACUUAUAAAUGUAUUUGUUUUUUAAUUAAUUAAAGAACGCAUUUUUGCACAGAAAUUCUCUGCACAAUGCAUUUUAGGAAUUUUCAAAUUAUUUUAUCCUUUUAUUGGUUUAAACUCGUCUUUGAUAGAAUGUUUUUUUUUUUUUUUUUUUUUAAAAUAAGUUUUUUUUUUUUUUCCCUUUUUUUUUUUUUCUUUAAAAAUUUAGAAGAAAAAAAGUUUUAAAAAUUAUUAUUUAAUAUAUUUUUUUUUUUUUUUUUUAUUUUUUUUUUUUUUUUUUUUUUUUAAAAUAAGUUCUUAUUUUUUUUCCCUUUUUCUUUUUAGCUUUAAAAAUGUAGAAGAAAAAAAGUUUUAAAAAGUAUUAUUUAAUAUAUUUAUUUUUAAUCCAAAAAAAUCUUACAGCUCUCGUAUGACCUCCCCUACCCUCUCCCAAACUUAUUUCCGCCGUUAACUGAACUUUGCAGACGCGAUGUUAACACAACUAUGAUGCGACCUUUCAGGUGCCCCACAAUAAAGAAGAUGCAGAGAGCGUGUCUGCGCAUUUACGUGUGUCCACAAAUAAUUUAUAGAUAAACACCAUGGAUUUUCGGGUAGCAAUAAUUUCCUUUAGACCAGAGUAGUAUCCUAUAAUGAGAUACCCUUUUUACAGUGCAAUAAUUUCCUAGUAAGUUUUAUGAUGACACAGUCUCAAAAUGGUCAUAGUAUUAAACAUCAGGUAAAUGUCUAAAAACGGAUUGUCAUCACCGUGUUUUACUCGUGGUGUGUCUUCUGGUUGUGUGUGCAUUUCGUCCGAGAGAAUAUUAUCAUAGAAGCCUUAUAACAGACUGAAAAACUGAACUCCAGUUGUGUUGUUGAAACAUUUUUCAGUGAUGAUAAAAUCCUUUAGUGAAGUUAGUUUGCGAACACCUGUGUUGUUGUAUAGACCAAAGACAAUAGUUAAAACAUGGUGCUAAUGACAGGUUACAUCGUUUUACUGGGUUUUGAGUUCUUCAUCAAUUUUUUUAAAUGGUAUAGUGUUUUACUAAUCACAAACCGCCCAUAUUAACUAAGAUACAUAAAACACAUAUACUAGUUGAGGCUUGAGCUCAUAAAUCUCCGGCUAGUACACUGGCAAACAGCUCCAUCUGCUGGGCCAUGUAACAUUGUCGUGAUGUGGGACUCUACAUUUUUCUUGGCCUCUAUCACAACAAAUCACCCAGUCAAUGGAUUGGCUAGUGUCUCCGGGGACAUCUCGUGCAGUGCGGCAGGUCGGAUCCCUGUUAUUGUCUAGCAUAUGAAAGUAUGAGUUAGUAGGGCAGUUUUUUAUCCUCAUUUGGGACAUAAGACUCUGGUGUCGGCGAUCAGUUUCAACCAAGGGUCAUGUCUGCUAGAAAGUGGCUCGUUACAUUUCGGGCUUUCUGGCUGCCUGCCCAUUUUCCGUGUUUAAAGUCUGCUAACCAGUUUGUGACACCGAAAAUGGCGUAAUCUGAUUUGGCUUGGGAAUCUCUGUUUUUUGCCCGUGGGUCUGCUUUACCUGGCUUAGAUCCCGUUGCAUUGUUACAUUUCCUGGUAUCUUGCCAUCUUGCCGACGUCAACCAAGGCGACUUCAACUUAGUAGGUGGUGUUGCUGGCUUCUUCAUUCAAGAUCUCAUUUUAAAUAGGAGAAAAUGACUAUGUCUAGUACCAAAAAACGUCUUCUUCUUCUAUAUAUUAAGGGCCCACGAUCUAUUUAUUGAUCAUUCUGGCUACUAUGCAUGUAGAGGGGAUUUGCACUGUUUCUGUGCCUUCUGUGUUGUAGAGGAUAUUUCACUGGUUGCAAGGGCUACUUUGUGAAGGAAUCAUGCAAUGGGGGUUGGAAGGCUUGAGGCAAUAUAUGUAAAUGUGUCAAGUGUUGUCGUCUAAACUGUUCCUUUUGAACGUUUGAACGAAUGAGCAGUUCCUAUACUGGCUUCUCGCUGGUAUGAGCUGGAAUUGCCUGUCAUGGCUUCGUCACUACCUAUACGGGGAGAGGGACGAUUUUCUGUUUAAUACUGGAGCAGUGGACCAGCCCAUUAUUUAUCUGGUACAUUAUUCAGAGCCUGGAUAGUCGUCGUCGUUUCUCCAAUUUUGACCAGUCUAGUGUUUCCAGCAUGCUGCCAACACUAGAGGCAUUCCUGUAUCGGUUCAGGAUAAAGCGUGCUGCCCGUCGCUGGACCGCCUCCGACCUGUCGAUGCUUUCUGGGUAAAUGGGUCCCUGACUGAAGAUGCAUAAUCUAAAACUGGACGGACAACACAGCUCCCAGCUCGAGCUCCACAUUCGGCACCAUGAAACCCAAUGGCCAUGAAGUCGCACCUUACACCGCAUUCGUCAUCUCUGACUUUAUCCCACUAACACAAUCGAUGUAAUAUCUAUCUCUGGUCAGACCUCUCAUUUUAACGUGUGUGUAUUCUUUUUUUCCGCAGUGCCUUUUUUGAAUACAAAGGCUGCAUUUUGAUUCCUUGCCUAUCCGAUUCAACAGGAAGUGAUAUGAAACUUGGAAAAGAGAUAUGUGGUAAGAUUACUAAUUGUUGUGGGAAUUUUUAUUGUGUGAGUUUCAUUUCAAAGUUUUCCAGCCGGUGUUCUUGGGUCAUUUUUUAUUUUCUAGGCUUUUGCUAGGGAUUUAUCUUAGUCCACAAGCUUGUUAUUGUCUCAGUUUAAACCAAUUUGCCACCUAGCAUAAUUUUAUUAUUACAUGAUGCUGUUCAAAUACUAUUUUUGUACAAAGGUGUAACAAAGCAAUAUUUUGUUGGUGGGGUUUAAUAAAUUUAAAAAAAUGCCAGAGAAAAUUAAAAUUCCAAACACCCAGGCUAAGUAACUGCACAACAAACCUUAUAGAAAACAGGAAGAAAGGUUGCCUGCACACGAUUACAUAAAUAUUUGAUCUACCCCACUUACUUUCAGAAAGGCACUUCAGUGAUUUAACUUAACUUUAUACAUUGACCAUGUUUGUUCUGACAUACAAACACGUCUAUGUUAAGGUUACCAUAUUUCUACAUUUAAAACCAGGACAUUUAAAAAUUUAUAAAACAAAUAAAUACAAUAAAUUAUGCCCACUGAUCGAGCUUAAGUGGAAGCAGAAGGAGAUAACGAUAUAAUUAUUUCUCCACACUGAACCGAGACUUAUAUUAUUUCGCAACCUUGAGUUUUAUCCAAAUUUCUUUUUUAAAAACAUAAUGAUGUGAGCACGAGUAUUUGUGCUAUUUUUAACUUAAAUAAAGUUUGCACUAAUUUUAUUUAUCUUUUAUUGCAGACGGAGGCAGUGUUAUCCAUGUUUCAAUCCUUGCUCUUCUGAUGGCCGCCAUAAUCCAUUGCAUAUUGUAGGCAGUAUGGCAGUUACAACAUCUCGUUGCACAGCUAAUCAAAGUCUCCAAAGAACUAGAUCUCUUUAAAAUUAUAAGUCUAUUUGAAUGCGUUCAUUUGAUCUUAAAACGUUGUCUUUCAUACAUACAGUAAAGCUUGGAAACAAAAUUUAUCUAGACGUAAUAUCGUUUAUCCCUUCAGUGGGUAAAAAAAUCUUAUUUUCUGAUUUACUUAAAAAUAAAAAAAAUAAUGUAGAGAAAAUUAAUUCAAAAUUUAGCCUUUUGACUUUGUGACUACUUUGUGCAUUCCUAUUUGUUCUAUCUUCAAUUUUGUAUCGAUAUAUAUUUUUGGAUCACAGUUUACAGAUAUGUAUAGUUGAAAUCGGUAAAUGACUCAAACAAAAACAAUGAACAGUUUUUGGAUCGAUAUUUUGACCCUGUUGUUGAAAGAAACGUUUUAAAAAUCUAUUUAUUUCCUAGGAUGGUGCAAAUAAAACACAUUACUUUGUAUUUUAAAAAGUUUAAAAUACAGGCGAACGUGAGUUAUUAGCAUUAAGAAAAUAAUAAUUUCCUGAAAUCAUUCAAAAUAAAAACAUAGUUUUUGAAAUAAAAAAUCUCAUUAUUCUAACUUUUUGUGUUACUUCAACAUCAUCGUCCACUUAUUUUUUCAAAUAACUGCAUUGCGUUCGACGAAUACCGAUUUACAAUUUAUUUAAAGUUAUGAAACCAAUGAAUACAUUUUUGUAAUUGUUACAUUUGUCACACCUAUGUAAUCUGUAAUCUGUCUCAUAUAGCGCAUUUUAUCUAUAUUUUAAAAAAAAAGCAUUUGACUUAAUUUUAUUUUUCAUCAUUGAUCAGAAUUUUGGGUAUAUUACUUCAUUAAUUUUUUUCCAUUCAGCUCAUUAAUCAGAAUUGUAUUUUUAUUAAGUAAAGUUAAUUCUGAAAAAAAAACUUUGUAAUAAAAUAGAGAAUUUCUUUUUUUUUUUUUUUAACGUGACACAAUAAGAAGAAAUUUCAAGGAUCGAUUUACUAUAAUGUAUGUGUUUUCUAAAAGUAAGAAGUUACAAUACUUUUAAUGUGUGUCGUUUAAAAACGAUCAGAUAUAUUAAUUACACGAUGAACUAAUAUUAAAAUGAGUCCCGGAAAACGGAAUUAAAACUAUAGAUAAAACUUCUAAGCAAAACUAAAUAAAAAAAUAUGCGGAAUAAAUUCAUUUUUAAACUGGAAACAAAAAGGACUUCAAAAUUUUUUUACGAAAACAUCUAAGACUUUUAGAACUAAAAAUGGUGAGUCAUAACAUGCAGUUAUAUAUCAGUUCUCCUUAAAUAUUUUGAUAUCCAUCUCACUAAUUCCUACUGUGAGCACUCUUGAUUGGGAAGACCUGCACUAUUAUUAUUAUUAUUAGGUGCUUUUAUAUUGCGCAGUACCCCAGCCUAGGGCUAGGCUCACGGCGCUUCACAUAAAACUAGCAAUUAAAGAAAAUUAUAGAUUUAAAGACAAUUGGUAAAAAAUUGGACCUCACCUACCCAAGUACUAUCUACCCCUGUCUAACCAUGGACAGCACACUCGAGCUAUGUUUGUCAGUUAGAGAAGAGUGGGGGGGAGGGAUUAGAAUGAGUCGGUAUAGUACAGUUUGAAGAACUGGGUCUUUUGAAGGCUGGGAUGGUCAGUAUAUUGCAGAUGUGUAAUUGAAGAGAACUCCAUUAUUUGGGACACAGAAAAAGAAAGAUCGUUCACCAUAUGUUUUAGUGCGUUUUCUGGGAACAGAAAGAAUACGCGUGUCUGCGGAGGAACGAAGCUUUUGAAGGGAUAAAUAGACAGUAAAGGUUCAGUAAGAUAGGAAG